AUGCCAACAACAAGAAAGAAAGUAAUUAAAACCGUUUACAAAGAUGAGGAAGACAGCGAUGAAGGAGGCGAUUUCAGUGAUUCUGGCUCUGAUGCUGUAAUAACUGAACAGUCCAGUUCAGAGGAAGACGGGGAUGAGAAAUCACACCAUUCUUCCGACGACGAUUUUGUAAGCAAAAAACCGAAAUCCAAAGCCAAGAAUCUAGAUUCUAAAGUAAGAAAGAAGAAAACUAAAUUCACUAAAACAUUCCUAGAAAGACUCUCUAAACAAGAUUCUGAUGAACAAGUUGAGGCACCACCAAUUUCUGUCAAAGAUCUAACCGAAGCAGAUAAACUUUUACCAUCGUUUCUUAAUCUUUCUGAAAGUGACAGUAGUGAUGAUGAACAGCCGAGCACAUCAACACGGAAGAAUGUCGUCAGUAAUUUCAACACAAACCAAACACAAGAUUCCGAAAAUGAAGGAGAAAAACCAAUUGAAUAUAAAGAUGUAUGGUCAAGCAAUACUGUGGAUGCAAGCGAAGAAAUUGCAAGGAAAACAUUCUUAGAAUUAGAAAAGCAUAAAAAUAAAAUGGAAGAAGCUAAAAUAACUGUUCAAAAAUACACUACGAAGGUUGAAGAAACAGAAUCUGAUGUGAAGGACUUAUUGGCUCUCGGUGAAGAAGAAAUUGUUGAACCUGUGCAAAGUAAAGUUAAGAAAAGAAAGGUGAAAAACAAUAGUGACUCGGAAAUGGAGGAUUGGGAAGAAGUAAACGAGAGUCAUUCAAUAAUACCUCAACAAGGACUACAGUUGGUUGUUGAUAUUCCGGGAAUAGUUAAGAAAAAAACAAAGAAGCUUGAUGUUGAAAUGAUGCUAAAGAGAAAAAUGAAUCGUGUUAAGAAACAAUAUCAAGUUUUCAUGCACAAGGUACAUGUUUUAUGUUGGUUGGGACACGGUAAUUAUGUCAGUCAGGUCUUAAACGAUCAAGAGGUGCUCGCUGCAGCAUUGUCAUUAGUACCAUCCAAAGAAUGCUAUCCCGGAGAAAGGGUGGAUAUGAAAUACGUGGAACAAAUAACCACAUGGUAUAAAGAUAAAGUGAGCAUAGAUCAGGAUAAACAUGAGAACAAAUUUAGACCCAAAGCCCCACCGUUAAAGGAUAUUCUUCUCCAGCAAAUGAAGAAACGGGUGUUCAGUACGAAAAAAUAUAUGGUUUUUGUAUUUGUAUCUAUGUUGCGUAGUCUAGGAUUACAGUGCCGUGUUAUGUUCAAUUUUGUUACGUUACCUAUUAGGCCACCCGUUUCGGAAUUAUGUUCACUUUCAACCAAAGUCAAGGAUACAGAGGAUGCAAAGAAAAGCCACCAGAAAAUUACAUCACAAAGCAAAUCGGCUAAAAGUAAGGGCAAGAAAGAUGUCAUCCCACAGUUGGAUGGAAAUUAUGAUGUAUUUGAAAGUGAUGAUCAAAAUAUUAUGCAAGUUGAUGGUGGUGAUGAUACAACCAUAGUUAGAACGAGAAGACAACGGCUUUCAUUAAAAAAAGAAAAACAAGCAAACGAUGUUAAAAAAACAGAGGAAGUUAUCAGCCCAACUAAAAUAACAAAAAAGAAUCUCAGUUUGAAAUUAGAAAAGACAGCGGGUAAAACAAAGCAAAAUGUGAAAAAAACUGAUGAAGCUAAUAGUUCGAAGAAAACGGACACAGAUGAAAAUGGAGUCUCACCUCCUAAAAGACCUAGAAGGAACCCUAGCUUACAUCUCAAAGUUCAAGAAGCGAGUAGGUCGAAAAAUAUGAAGAAUGACACUACUUGUGAUGAAAAUACUGAAAGCCAAAAAGAAAUACCUGUUGAGACAGUUACAGAAGAACCGACAACCAGAACGAAAAGAAACUUAAGAUUGCAAUCCAAAAAUACGAAAACAACACAUGAAACUAAUGAGCAAGAAAUUCUUCCUAAUAAAGAUGAGGUAAAAGCCACUAAAAGUAAACGAAGAAUAUUAAGUUUAAAUCGAUCAGUUACUAAAAAUGACAAAGAUACCGAAAAUGCCCAAAAUAAAUUGGACAAUAAACCUCAAACUUCAUCAAAAACUAUAGUUAAUAAAUGCUCUGCAAACAGAACAACAAGAGCAAAUAUUACUUCGCUCAACGAAUCAAAAGCAAUACUUACUAAGACAUUACCAAAACAAUCGUCCUCAGAUAAAGUACCUAAGAUCAUCCUUACAGACAUAAACAAUGAAACUGUAUCAAGUGAAUUCUUUGAAAAGUCGCCCAUCAAAAGAACUUCAAGAAAACGGUCACAAACAGCAGAACCAAAGAAAUUGACGAAUGAAAAGCCAAAUGCUCGAACAAGAAGUGCACACGCAACAGAAAGCAAAUAUUUUGCUUCUGAUACCGACAAAAGUCCCGCCAAAAGAUCUAGGACGACUAGAAAAAUAGAUUCUGAUGAUUCAAAAAGAGUUAGCCAUAGAGAUCUCGCGAAAAAAAUAGCCAAGCCCAAGAAUGACGUCACGAAAGACCUCGUUAAUAUUAUCAAGGAAAGAGUAAAGGAGGCUAAAACGGAUGCAAAAAAAGGAAUUGUAAAAGGUAAAGAAAAACAUGAAUCAGAUUCUGAUAGUGAUUAUAUGGCCGUCGAAUCCCCAGCUGCCCGUAAAUCUGAUAGCGAUGAAGAUUUCAAAGUGGAAAAAGUUACACCUAAACAAAAGAAGCAAGUUAAGAAAAUCGACCGUCGUGUUAUAUCAACAGAUGAUGAGAUGCCUUUGAAUAAAAUUAAUGUAUGGUGCGAAAUAUAUGUUGAAGAAUUAGAGGAAUGGGUUCCUGUUGAUGUUGUUAGAGGCUUAGUUCAUUCUGCAAAUGAAUUAUACAGCCGUUCAACACACCCUGUAUCAUACAUAGUUGGUUGGGACAACAAUAAUUAUUUAAAAGAUCUGACAAGACGCUAUGUGCCGUAUUGGAACACAGUUACACGUAAACUUAGAGUUGACCCUACGUGGUGGGAACAAGCUAUAAAACCAUGGUUGGGACCAAAAACAGCCAGAGACAGGGAGGAAGAUGAAAGAUUGCACAGAAUGCAAUUAGAAGCGCCGUUACCUAAAGUUAUAUCCGAAUACAAAAACCAUCCUUUAUACGUGUUGAAACGUCAUCUCCUCAAAUUCGAAGCCAUAUAUCCGCCUGAUGCUGAAACUCUUGGUUUCGUUCGUGGUGAAGCUGUUUAUCCGAGGGAUUGUGUGUACAUUUGCAAGUCAAGAGACGUUUGGAUAAAGGAAGCCAAAGUAGUUAAACUUGGAGAACAGCCAUAUAAAAUAGUUAGAGCUCGUCCCAAAUAUAUAAGAGCUACAAACACAUUUAUAACUGAUCGACCUCUGGAAAUCUUCGGGCCAUGGCAGACACAGGAUUAUGAACCUCCUACAGCAGAAAAUGGAAUUGUUCCUCGAAAUCCAUAUGGAAAUGUGGAAUUGUUUAAGAAAUGCAUGCUACCGAAAGGCACUGUCCACAUCAAUUUACCAGGUUUACAACGAGUUGCUAAGAAGCUGAAUAUUGAUUGUGCUCCAGCAUUAACAGGUUUUGACUGCAACGGUGGCUAUGUCCACCCUGUAUAUGAGGGCUUUGUAGUCUGUGAAGAAUUUGAAAAGGUUCUCACAGAAGCUUGGCUACAGGAUCAAGAGGAAUUGGAACGUAAAGAACAAGAAAAAAUAGAAACCCGAGUAUAUGGAAAUUGGAAGCGACUUAUAAGAGGUCUUAUUAUAAAAGAACGACUAAAAGCCAAAUAUGGAUUUGCAGAGCCGAGUACAUCUAAGGAUAAAAAGAAGAAAGGCCCAAAACUUGUUGUGAAGAAAAAAUAA